UUUCAGUUAGCUGGUUGCUUCAUUUGAGGGUAAUUGGUAGUAAAAAAAAAUUUCCUACCAAUUAAUGAAGGCUUAAUUAUAUUCUGUUCCGACCAGAGUUUCUUCGAACAUUUCGGUUUCUCCAGAACCUCGUUUCUGCUGCUAAGACUAAGAAUUAUACGAUAAACCACUUUCCACGAAUUGAAUGGCGAAAACCCGAACCGAAGCCCUCCCGUUUCUGUUCAUCGUUUUGAUUUCGAUCUCUUACACAGAGCAGAUACAGUUACACUCGUCCCAAACAGAAACCCUACUCAGAAUCAAAUCCCUCCUAAAUUCCCCACCUUCCCUUCACAACUGGAACACCACCACCGAUUUCUGCAACAUCGAUACCAUCGUUUGCUACGAACAGAACAUAACUCAGCUGCACAUUGUCGGAGAUUCAAACGCACCUCGAUUACCUCAAGACUUUUCGAUCGAUUCAUUCGUCACCACUCUCGUAAAACUUCAAAACUUAAAAGUCCUAACAUUAGCUUCUCUUGGCCUGUGGGGCCCACUCCCUAACAAACUCACUCGUUUAUCCUCCCUUGAAAUACUAAACUUGACCUCGAAUUUCCUCCAAGGAAAUAUACCGACUGUUAUAUCAUCGUUCAAACAUCUUCAAACAUUAAUACUCGACUGCAAUAACUUCACCGGUGGGAUUCCGGAUGGGAUUGGUUCACUUUCCGAUUUGGCUGUUUUGAGUGUAAAGAACAAUUCUUUAUAUGGAUCUUUGCCUCGUUUGUUGGGAAAUUUGGUAAACCUAAGAGUUCUUGUAUUGUCUAAUAACAAUUUCUCCGGCGAAGUACCUGAUUUGAGCAGCUUAACGAAUCUUCAAGUUCUUGAUUUGGAGAACAAUGCACUUGGAUCUCGGUUUCCAGUACUUGGUGAUAAAAUCGAAAGGAUUGUACUAAGGAACAAUAGAUUUACUUUCGGCAUUCCAGACAAAGUUCGAUCUUACUAUCAGCUGAAACUCUUCGACGUUUCUUCCAACAGAUUCGUGGGCCCGUUUCAGUUAUCUCUGUUGUCUCUACCAUCAAUCGCCUAUAUAAAUAUUGCAGAAAACAGAUUCACUGGAUUGCUGUCUGAAAAUCUUCAGUGCAACGAUGAGCUUUAUUUCGUGAACUUCACUGCAAAUCUAUUGACUGGAAAACUACCCAAGUGUUUAAUUUCCGAAUCUAAGAAAAGGGUCGUGCUGUAUAGUGACAAUUGUUUGUCAACCGGUGACGAAAAUCAACAGCCGGUUUCCUUCUGUAAGAACGCAGCUUUCGCUGUAGGAAUAUUACCUCAUUCUCAUAAGCAAAAACGAGCUUCUAAAGUGAUUCUUGCUUUGAGCGUAUGUGGAGGAGUUAUUGGAGGGAUAGUUUUAGUUGGGGCAACUUUUUUGGCAGUCAAGAAUCUUCUUGCCAAGAGGGCAUUACAGAAACCUACGACGACAGAAAAUGCUUCGACGAGUUAUACAUCGAAGUUUCUCAAAGAUGCAAGAUAUAUAACUCAAGCAAUGAAGCUAGGAGGACUCGGUCUUCCUGCUUACAGAAACUUCUCACUGGAAGAGCUGGAGGAGGCAACGAAUAACUUUAAUACAUCAACUUUCAUCGGAAAAGGUUCUCAUGGUCAGAUGUACAGAGGACAACUGAGGGACGGAUCCAGUGUGGCGAUUAGAUGUCUUAAAUUGAAAAGAAACCGGACCACUCAAUACUUUAUGCCUCACAUAGAAAUGAUUUCGAAACUCAGACAUCAGCAUUUGGUGAGUGCCAUCGGGCACUGCUUCGAGUACUACUUGGACGAUUCGAGCAUCAGCAGUUUAUUUAUCGUAUUCGAAUACGUACCAAACGGGACCCUCAGAAGCUGGAUUUCCGAAAGGCGUGCGAGACAAAAGCUAACCUGGGGUCAGAGAAUAGCAGCAGUUACAGGGGUGGCAAAGGGUAUCCAGUUUCUACAUACCGGGAUUGUGCCGGGUCUUUUUUCGAAUAACAUCAAAAUAACAGAUGUUUUAUUAGACCCGAACCUCAUUGCCAAAAUUAGCAGCUAUAACUUGCCUUUGCUAUCAGAUCAUAUGGGAAAAGAUCAUCUAAAAAAUUUCCUCGGCGGUUCAAAGGAGUUCAAGACCUCAAGGGCAAAGCAUCAAGAUAAGCUGGAUAUAUACGACUUUGGAGUGAUUUUGUUAGAAGUCAUCUCGGGGAGGCAAGUAAAUUCUAGAAACGAAGUGGAGGUAGUAAAAGAUCAGUUACAAGCCAGCACAUUAGCUGACGACGCAUCAAGAAGGAGUUUAGUCGAUCCAGCGGCUCAAAACUCGUGCUCGAGCGAAUCAGUGAAGACCAUGAUCGAGAUAUGCUGCAGAUGCUUGCUUAACAAUCCAGCCGAAAGACCUUCCGUUGAAGACGUUCUGUGGAAUUUGCAGUUUGCAGCUCAGGUUCAAGAUAUAUCUCAAAGCAGUGAGACCUCUCCGGUUUCUCCCCUGCAAUCUUCACGCUUAAAAACGACUAUCAAAUAAUAGACAAUGAUAAAAGACGAUCUCUCAGCUUGUGGGAUAUAUCGGCCAAGAAUAUUUUCAUUGUUUUUGCAAGUUCAGUUAUAUCAACUCCCACAUAAAUAAACCAAAUCAAAA